AUGUUAUCAGGUCUUCAAAAUCCCCGGCAAGCAGCCGCUCAGCUGUUAAAUUUCGGAUUGAUUCUUUCCACCGCAUUCAUGAUGUGGAAAGGUCUAUCCGUCUUCGCUGACUCCCCCUCGCCCAUCGUCGUCGUCCUCUCCGGAUCCAUGGAACCCGCCUUCCAGCGCGGCGACCUACUCUUCCUCUGGAACCGGAACAUACUAGCCGAGACGGACGUAGGUGAGGUGGUAGUCUACAACGUGCGAGACAAGGAAAUCCCCAUUGUCCACCGCGUUGUGCGCAAGUUCGGCACCGGUGCCCACGCGCGUCUGCUCACCAAGGGCGACAACAAUGCCGCGGACGAUACCGAGCUAUACGCACGCGGUCAAGACUACCUCGAGCGUAAGGAUAUUAUCGGCAGCGUAUUUGCGUAUAUCCCUUUUGUAGGCUACGUCACUAUUAUGCUGAGCGAACACCCCUGGCUCAAGACCGUUAUGCUGGGUAUUAUGGGAUUGUUGGUUGUGCUACAGCGCGAAUAG